CACCACAACAAGCCAGUGUUAAGGCAGAGAUUUAGCAGGACUAAAGGAGUUAUUUUUAUGUCAUUUGAAUGUUUUGAUCAUUGAAAAUAUCAGACAUGUCUGCAGUGUACAAAGUUUCCUCCUCUGUAAAGGUGAAGCAGAUGGAGGCAGAGCUGUGGAGUCACCUCUCUGCACUCAAGGUAGAGAUCGAAGAGAACGGAGGAGCAGGAUCUUCUAAUGCCUACAGUUCUGUUCUACCUCCUAAAGAUAUUUCCUUCUUUCGUGUGGAGAGGGAGCAUGCACUGAGGAGAGGGCUUCAGGUGGCUGAUGUUUUGCCGACUCGGUCUCAGGCUGAUAUCAUGCAGCGAGAGCUGGAGAGCUGCUUGAGUUUUGAGUACACUCCUGACAGUCUGCCUCUUCUGCUGCACCAGUUCUUCACAGACAGAUCUUAUCACUUGGCUCAGAUCAGAUAUCUGCUCAUGCUGAGAUGGAGGAGAUUUUGCCGCCAUGCCAGCGUUAUUGAGAAGCUUUAUCCCCAUUAUAAGGAUCAACUGUCCUACAUGACCCGUGAGUAUCAGGAUGCCGUUCAGAGAGCUCGCAGACUGUCAGCAAGCAGAGAGAAGAUGCUGACCGGCCAAGGAAACCCCGUCAGCCUGCUCACUCAGGACGAUGUGGUCAUUUAUCUGCAGUGGCUUGUCUGCCACCUGCACUCUGUUCAGCCCAUCCACAACUUUCUCAGGGUGCUGCACUAUGUACCUGUGUGUGAAAGAAAAGAUGAAGCACCAGGACAGGAAAUUUUACAUGAGACACAACAGGCUGAUAGACUCCCACUCCACACUGUUCACCUGGAGCAGUUCAUGCCCGAGCUGGAGUCCCUGCUCUCCUACUUCCGCCUGCCAUAUGACACAGGAAAUCUGAAAACCACUGCAGAUGAGAUGGAGCUAUUCAGCAUGGUGUGGAGGGAGUUUAAAGCGAUCUUCCGACAACAAGAGCAGAUGAAAACGUUUCCUCCUUAUGUCGGUACGGACGUCAGAGAGAGUCAGUGGGGGAGGAAGAGUGCAAACAUGGCUGUGUGCAAGGAGGCUAACUGGAUUCCAUUCAUCCAGGUGAAACCCUGGCGAAAUCUGUGGCAGCAGAAGCUCUUCACAAUGCUCAAGGAAAAGAAUUCAGUUGAUGAGCUGCUCCACAUGCAGUGCAAGUUUCUUCAGGUCCGUGAUUUGCUCCACGUGGCUGCAGCUCUCAAAGAACAUGCUGCUCAAGUUGACGACUCACAAUCCACAUCGUUCAUCUCAAGCAGCCACAAGACAAAAAAACAAAUGAUCUCUGAGAUUUGGAAAAGUGUUUACAAUGUUGCCAAUCUCAUUCAGGAAACCCACAGUCACUCAUCCACAUCCAGAGUGAGCAACAAAGAGAUUUCAAAGAGUCAGACCUCAAGCUUUUACCAUGAAAGUCAGUCUUUGGAGGACAACCUGCAGGUCCUGGGCCUGGAUGACAGUUUACCUGAAGGCUCCUCAGGUCCAGUAGUAACCAGAGGAGCUUACCUGUCCCUCAUCUAUCUGCGCCAUUUGAAACUCAGAGAGCUCCAGCGUGUGUCACUUGGGAUGCUGAACUACCUGCGCUCUGUGGAAAGGACUUUGACCUUUGACCUGGCAGGUUUGCAGCUAGAAGGACAGGUGCUGCACAGCACAGCAGAGGAGACGGGUUGGAUGAAUGCAGCCAGAGGAGGAAAAGGAGAGGCAGAAGGUCUCGGCUCUUUCCAGUAUAUCCACAACACUCCUGUCGACUACAAGGUCCACUGCUCAGAGUUCAUGGAGUUUGCAGAGGUGGAGAAUCUUCAUGAUUUUUACACCUCUGAGGGCCGUUACAUCCACACUCAGGACCACAGAGGGUUUUACAUCAUGUACGACGCUGCUCUGCAGGACCUUGUGGAGCUGAUGAAUGAGCUUCUCCUCAUCGGCUCGCACUUCAUCCACAGAAACACGAUCAAACUAAUUGGAAAAACUGAGGGAGUGUCAGCCUCGACAGUAGAUUUCAACUCCUGGGCUGGGACAGAUGUUGACCGCGUUGCUGUGCUUCUCAAUUUGUGGACAUGUGAGACUGAGUUCAUGGAGAGCAAAGUCCAGCUUUUAAACUGUUACUAUGAAGCCUACCAGCAUGCAGCGGGCACAGAGGAGAGGUUUGCAUUGGCCCGAGUUAUCACUGACAUCAUGCACAGGAAGCCACAGCUGGACCUGAACCAGGAUGACUUUUUUCAGGCCUACAGGACUGAGAUCAGCUGCAUGCAGAGCCACCAGCGGCUGAUCCGAGACAUUCUGGACAAUCAGAUAGAGAGACAGCGACUGUACCUUCAGCGCAUCUGGAGAAAUGAUCACAAAGCCUUUAUAACCAGCUAUGGUCGUCCACCUAACUAUGUUCCCCAAUAUUUGGUCUCACUUGGAGGCGGGAGGCCUGCUCUGAUGAAUGUAUUCCUGCUAGAAGUUCACCCAUCACUCUGUCUGGCCUCUGCAGUCUAUCAAGGAUUGGUUCAGGCUCACACUGAACUCUGUCAAUUGCACCGAGUCACGAGCAUCAGUGACAAACUCCACCUUGAACACAACCUCUUAGAGCAGGCACUGAAAAUCUGGAACAACCAGACUUCACCAGGAGCCUCCUACAGCUCACAAAUACAAAGAGAUGUACAUUCUUGUUCAGAGUAUGGUCAGAUUACUGUGUACAAAAAAUUAAGCCAUUUCACUAAAUCCCAGUUUGUCUGUUGCUCUCAGUUGUUCUCAGACGUGUUUAUCGAGGAUCCGAUUUUGGUCCAGAAGUUGGGGCUGUCACUAGUAAAAGCUGCAGAGGAGAGGGACAUGAAGCAAGGACCAAACAAGCAGCUCUGUGCUGUAGAAACAUUGUCCAUGCUGCUGGAGCUUAUGAGUAUCCGCCAUCGCCUGCUGGAAUCAGCCUCAGAGACGGCACAUCUGGCACAGCUGUACAGAAAUGUGGCCUUAGAGCUCGGCUUUGAGGAGUUCCACCUGUAUCUGAGGCCGCUGCAGUUUGAGUGUACUGAUCAGAAAGUCAGAGUCCAGCAGAGGCCUGUUUUUAUCACAGAAAUCCUGGAGGACGACAGCUCCGUGGACAGGUUCAUCCCAUCCCAUCUGCCUCUGAGUAUCCAGGAACUGGACGAGAACCAGAUCGGGAGGUUUAGCUUCAGCUCAGAGGAAGCAGUUAUCCAUCUUAUGAACAGACAGAGUAUCGAGAACCUCCAGGUGGCGUUGGCCUGUCAGGUUACACAGAAGAACGCCUUGAUGAGUGCGGUCAAACUGGCUCAACUUUGUCUUUGGGCAGAAAGUGAUUCAUCUUCAGCUGAGAGGGAAGACAAAGAUGUAACAUGUAACUCCGGCUCUGGCAGCCACACAGGCGGCCUGCAGGAACAAUAUAAAUCUUUUCCCUCCAAACCCUCCAGGAGAAUUUCCACAAAACAGUGGGUGAUGGGCGCAUUUGUGUCCAUCCAGCUGGAAAAAGUGGGUCUGCGUGACGAGAUGCUGAAUUCAUUUGUGAAGAAGAAACAGGCCGUGGGGGGGUUUCUAAAAACCCCGGAGGAGGCUGCAGAGAUCAAAAGGGAGCUCAUAAUCGACUUUCUCAGGAAAUUCAGCACACAAAUGUCCAUGCACUGUGUGAGAGCUCAGAUUGUUGGAUAUUACCACAAUCUGACCUUUCUCUUGGAAGACAUUCCCUACAUUCGUCAGUCCUACUUCAUGAUUGGACAGCCUGUUGCUGAUGGUUGUUCUGACCCCAGGAUUUUUCAGCAGUUGCUGUGUGCAGAUGGAAGAACUCUCCUCAACCUCUGGUACAUCCCCCACUUCACUGAAGUGCUUCGCAUGUUCAAAACACUUGAUGUUUCGGCAUGUGAUGAGGCUCUCCGUCACACUCUGCAGAUAGUGUCAGCUCUUCAUGACAUCAUUCAUUACCUGAUCAGCUUCUCCAAACUGGGAAACAGACAAGACUCUUUAAGAUUGGGGAGAGGACAUGAUGAAAGCAUCGGAACAGAGCUGCAGGAGCUCCAGCAGCAGGUCGAUCAUCUGUCUGAUCCCAGCAGCCUGGAGUCCGUCGGCCGCCUGCUGCAGCUGCGCAGGCAGGUCCUCCUGCUGCAGUUUGAUACUGCUGUCAGAAUCUUUGUCAGGGAGGCUUUCCUCUCCUCUGGUGAUUUUACUUCCUACCAGAGUGUGAGUGACAACAUGGCGAACGCUCUCCCUCUGAUGAUUGGCUGCAUCCAGACUGACUUCUUCAGUUUCACGCUGCCCGUUCCUCGACCUCUGGAGAAUCAAGGCUGUCAGGCGCAGAGGAUGUAUCCGUGGAGGAGUUUCAUAGCCUGUCACGGACUGCUCCCUCUUCAUGGUUGGGAUGUCCCACCUACUGAAUACUGCAUGCAGCUCUGUUUGAGCAGCCUGAGCAGUCGCAGCAGACUGCAGGCCAAUGCUGCAAUCCUCGGGGUGUCCCUGCUCAUGGAGGACGUCCUGAACGGUGGAAGAGAGGCAGAGCCUGUUCGUCUCCAUGGCAACAAAGAUGACCUUCAGCAUAGUGGCACACCUAAUGAAGUAACGACAAUUUCUAACAAGGGAAAUAAAAGCUGCAGAGAAUAUGAUGAUGAAGAAGAAGAGACAAAGAUUGAUUCCUCAGACCUUCAGGAUCCAAUCAGAGUCCAGUCUGUGCUGAAAGGUUUUCUCCUGCUGACGAAGCAGCUCGAGGUCUUCAAGGAGAGCUGGGCUCUAAGACGUUUAGGCGUCGACGUCUUUAGGACACCAGCUUUGUAUCAACAGUUUGUAAAGCUUUACCGAGAUGAAAUCUUUUACCCCAGUAUGAGAGCUCUGGCUAAACAAAUGGAUAAAGAGCAUCACUAUGAAGUUUUCAUCUCUGGCACCCAGUCUCUUCUGCCCCCUCCUGGAGCUUCAGAGGUUGAUGUGAAAGCCUGGCAGCUCCACCUGCUGAUGGAGAGCACAGAGUGCGACAUGAUUAGAGCAGUGCAGAGAAAGAUGAGCAGAGAGCUCACACUAGUGCUUUCAGAGAAAACUCAACAAGAUAAUCAGCUCCCCACAAAGCUGUGGAAAAGAAGUCAAAUGAAGUACAGUUUGUCCCCUGAGCAGCCACAGAUGGUGGAAACAUUCAUCCAGCAGCUGAUGCAGGGAGCUGAGCAGUCGGAGGGAGAGCUGAAGGUCUCUCGGGAUCAUCUGCAGCAGUGUCUCACUCACCUCAGCUCCUCAGUGAUGGAGCGAGAGCGCCAAUGCUUUCUGCUUUACUCACAGUUUUAUGAACAAAUCCUGCAGCAGCACACUCAGCUUCUGUACCAGAGAGAACAGGAUUUGAAGAGUCUGAAGGACGCUCAGACAAGUAAUUCUCACAAAGAGGUGGCAGAUUUAUGCCGCGGGAUGAUGUUGGAGGUCUCAGCCCUGCGGGUCCAAGUUGCUCACCUGGAAGAAGAGAAAAUUAAUUUAGAGGAACAGCUCGGCCUCAAAUUCAAAGAACGCUACCACCCUCUGGUCCGACACCUUUUCUCUACCUGCAUCCAGUUAAAGGCCAGACUUGAUGAGUAUCCCCGACAAAUGGAACGGGACGUAAGUGCGAUGGUGAACAGAGCACGGGGGGAAGGCGUGGACAAGAUCAUCAAGCUCAAGAGGAGGUACGGCUGCACCAAAGACGAUGAUGGACUCACCCUCACACAGUUAAAGAAGGAAGAAGUCCACGAGUUGAAGCUGGAGAACAGCCGGCUGACUGCUCUGCUCUGUAAACUGAAGGCUCUGAGACGCUGGAGGCAGGUGGUCGACCAGGAGAAACUUCACAGGCAACUGCUCCAAACCAAGCAGAGGGAGGUUACCACUCGCACCGAGGCUCUCAGAGUGAAAAUGUUAUCAGAGAAGGUGGCUCUCCUGCAGGAGGAGCUGGACUUUGCACAGCAGGCGCUGACCUGCUCUCAGGCCGAGUGCAGCAGCAUCAAGAAGCAGCUCAGCAGGAAGACAGAGGAGUUCCAGGUGUUCAGGCAUCGGUCUGCACGGGAAGCCCACAGCAGACAGGAGCUGGACGCUCAUCGAGUGCAGACCUUGGAACAAAUGAGAACCGACAUGGAGGAUAGAGACAGACAGCUCAGGGCCUUCGGUGAGCAGCUGGACAGAGGCAGCAGGAUAAACAGGCUACAAAGAGAGCGCAGUGCCAAAGAGAUCCGGCAGGUGAGGGGCCAGCUACAGCAGCAACGCAGCCUUAAACAAGAGGCCUUUCAGCAGCUGGAUAAACUGCAGAACCAGGUGAACGAUGUGGAGGCAGUUCUCUCCAGAGGAGCUUCGACAGCAGGUCAAAGCAGGACUUAUUGCACGCUGUCAGUCAGCAGACUGAGUACUAGAAGUCCCUCGACAGGUCUGCACCGGAACAGGCAGCAUUCAGCCCUGCAGCUUGGCAGCCUCACAAACUACACCACACCUCAGGACUUUGCAACAGAGCCAAGACAGCAGAGAGCAGAAACAGCUAGAGGUCAUUCAAACACGAGCACAGACAGACCUAAAGCAGAUCUGUGUCGCCUGUGCGUCCCGACAGCCGAGACUUUGUUCCCAGAUCUGUGAGGUGCAGCAAUCAGUCAUACACACAAACUUGAUUAGCAGAUUAGCUUGCUGUAGGCUUACCUAUAAUGUUUUAUAUCUCUGUGAG